UUAUUGCGAAAAGAAAUAAGUAGUAUAAAUAGGAAUGUUUUAAAUGGGACUUUCAAGUUGAGUUAUUUCUUACGAGGGGGAAAAAUGAAAAAAUUAAUCGUUUUAUUGGUUUUAACCUUAUGGAUGGGAUUAAUUUGCGGGGAUGAAUGCGUAAAUAAUCGGACGAAAAAAAAUAAUUGUUACUACUGCUUGUGCCUCGGAGGACAUUGGGCUUGUUCCAGAAAUUCGUGCCCACCAACUACAACACCAACAACGACUACGUUAUCAACAACAACAGGAACGAUCAUAUGCACUCCAGGGGAAUCUUUCAAGAAAGAUUGUAACACAUGUAAGUGUAACGACGAUGGUACAAGUGCUGCAUGCACUGCAGCAUUGUGUAUAAAAGAAAAAUAAUGUUCUAAAACAAUAAAGCUAAA